AUGAGAGUGUUCCGGCCCUCUAAGGUCCCAGAUGAUGCUGCUUGGGCAGAAGCCCACCAGGUGGUUGUGCCUACCAUACUCAGACAUUCCAUACUAGAGAUCGCUCAUGAAAGUUUUGCUGGUCACUUGGGCAUCAAGAAGACAUGUGAGAAGAUCCUCGCUGACUUUUACUGGCCAGGAUUAAGGGAGGAUGUGAAGAAUUACGUCAGUACUUGUCAUCUCUGCCAGAUAGCGGGUAAACCUAACGUAACUAUCCCACCCUAUCCUCUCCAACCUAUUGCUGUUCCCUCAGAACCAUUUCAUAAAAUAAUAAUUGACAUUGUGGGGCCUCUUCCAAAAACCAAGAAAGGUAAUGAAUAUAUCCUAACAAUUCUUGACCCAACAACUAGGUAUCCCGAAGCCUUUCCGAUACGUAAAAUCAACACCAACACUAUUGUGUCCAAGCUAAACCACUUCUUUACUACCUUCGGGAUUCCUCAAACCAUUCAGAGUGACCGAGGAACUAAUUUCACUAGCGUUCUCUUCACAGAGGUGUUAAAAGAGGUUGGUAUCGCACAAACCUUGUCUUCUGCCUAUCACCCGCAGUCACAGGGCGCUCUAGAAAGAUUUCAUCAGACACUGAAACGACUUCUACGCAAAUUCUGUCACGAGCAGGAGAGCGAAUGGGAUGACGCACUCCCCUACAUGCUUUUUGCCAUCAGGGAAGCACCUAACGAGAGUACAGGAGUUUCCCCAUUCGAGCUCCUGUUCGGUAGGAAAGUGCGGGGACCAUUAAGGAUUAUUAAAGACAAAUUGUUAGAUUCCACUACCCACAAACUUGUCUCUGUAACUAAAUACUUGAACAACCUUAAAGCCACACUCACUAAAGUUCGCACCUUUGCUGAUAACAACUUACACAAAUCUCAAAACACCAUGAAGAAACACUUUGAUCAGAAGGCCAGAGUUAGAGUAUUUGAUAGAGGUGAUCAAAUCCUUGCAUUCAUACCCACACCUAAACACCCAUUACAAGUAAAGUAUCAUGGUCCCUAUGAGGUAGUGGAAAAGGUAGGAGAUAACAACUACAUCAUAAACACUCCAGACCGCCGAAAGGCAACACAGUUAAUACACGUUAAUCUCCUAAAAAUGUAUAAAUGUAGAACCUCUGUGACUGGCGCCCAACCAACCCCUAGAGUAGCUUCCUGUGGUACCAUUGAACCCCAGGAGGCUGACUCAGAGUUAAAACCUGCCUCUGUGUGUUCAUUGAUGUAUGAUAAAUGUAUUACCACUGAGAUUGACACAAACACCAUACAUCCCAAGGACACGCAAAACAACACCUACAUUAUCCAACACUUAGAUGGUCAGCUCCGUCAUCUUUCAUCCUCUCGAGCACUGGAUAUCUCAAGAUUGAUCUCUCAGUAUGACGUGUUCGGUGACCAUCCUAAAAUCUGUAAUGUCCUCCGCCAUGAUGUGAAGGUGCUUCCAGGGACCUUCCCUAUCAAGCAGUCUCCCUACAGAGUCAACCCCCGGAAACGAGAACAGAUGCAGAAGGAGGUCCAGUACUUAUUAGAGCAGGGCUUGGCUAUACCCAGCAGCUCCCCAUGGGCAUCACCCUGCCUCCUAGUACCCAAGGAGGACGGACAACUGCGAUUCUGCACGGAUUACCGACGGGUCAACGCCGUCACCAUUCCUGACGCCUAUCCUCUGCCUCGGGUAGACGACCUGAUAGAUGAAGUAGGUCAAGCCAAAUUUGUUACUAAGCUGGACCUAUUAAAAGGGUAUUAUCAAAUAGCCCUUACUGAAAGAGCUCAGAUAGUCUCUGCCUUCAUCACCCCUUUUGGACUUUUCCAGUAUGUAGUAGCCCCAUUUGGCAUGAGGAAUUGCCCCGCUACUUUCCAGAGGGCAAUGAACAAGGUAAUGCAGGGAUUAAAAGGAGUGCUGGUUUACUUAGAUGAUAUUCUUAUUUUUUCACAUGACUGGGAUGACCACCUGUACCAGAUCCAGAAUGUGCUCAGCCGUCUGCAGGAAGCGAACCUCACCGUGAAGCUGGCGAAGUCUACGUUCGGAGCUGCCACCGUCUCCUACCUAGGACAUCAGAUUGGACAAGGCUCCGUCCGGCCCAAGACCGCUAACGUCGACGCAGUACUGAAGUACCCAACUCCCACUACUCGACGCGAGCUCCGCCGCUUCCUGGGCAUGGCGGGGUUCUACCGGCGUUUCUGUCCAAACUUCGCAGACGCAGCUGGGCCACUUACUAGACUAACUAGUGGGAAUGUGGCGUACGAAUGGACCCCUGCCUGCCAACAUGCCUUCAAUCAACUUAAGAACUUGCUUGCUCGGGAACCGGUUUUGCGUGCGGCCGACUUCAGUAAACCCUUCAUCAUACAUACUGACGCCAGUGAUCACGCUUCGGGUGCCGCCCUCCUGCAAGAAUCUGACGGAAUCUUUCACCCAGUCGCCUACCACUCCGAGAAGUUCAACAUCCAUCAGAAGAAUUACAGCACUAUCGAGAAAGAACUUUUAGCCAUUAUCUCUGCCAUCAAGAAGUUUGAGUACUAUCUUCAGUCCAACACCCAGCCACUCCAAAUCUACACUGACCACAACCCUUUGACUUUUCUCAACAGGAACCGCUUCACUAACCAACGUCUGCUACGGUGGUCUCUACAGCUCCAGCCUUACCACAUUGAAAUGCACCAUAUUAAGGGACUGGACAACUGCCUUGCUGACACUUUGUCUCGCCUUCCCACUACGCCUCGCAUCACUACCCGUCGCGACCCUGAGGACCCUAGGAUCCUGUUGCCGGGGAUGCAGUCGUGCCUUGUGAACCGGUCGAUGGAGGCAGCCGAGGGCCGAGCACUGCCAGAAGAACCAUCUACCGGGCCCCAGACUACACACGUUCUGGUGGAAUCAACCUUCACGGGACAGGAACCACCUCACUUCUCUAAUGACGCAGUAUCAUUCCUUCUGCGUCAUCCUAAGAAGGGGGGAAUGUCACACACGUGA